UGAAGGUGAAGCAAACGGAAGUGAAGACAGCAGGACCCGGCUGAAGAGCCACAGGCGCAUGCGUGGCAGUUCGAGCAGGGACGGCGAGCGUAGAGGUCCCGGAUUUAAUUUGGCUGAUUGUGUUUUCAUAUGAAGCGAUCGCUUAUCCUGUCACGGUCGACAAGAAUAUCGGACGACUGACAUAAAAAAUUGCUUACAUCAAAUCCAUCAUCAACAUUUAUUUUCUUUUAAAGACUAAAGAAAAAGCUUACAUGGAACAAAUAUAUAAUUCUAUGGUAAACUACAAUGAAAUAUUUCUUCUGAAUUGAGAUUAUCGGCAGCAUUUCUCUACUGUAUAGUCUGCAAUAUGUACAAGACAAACUUGCACUCUGACAAUUAAAUUUGGAUGAAGUUUCAAAUAUAUUUGUGGCAUCUUCAGAUAUUGACAACAAUCAGAGUUGAUGUGAAAAUAGCUGUAAAACAUUACGGAGAAAUGAAUGAUAAAAAGUGAAAAAGGAAAAUAAACACAUUGUUCUGAGAGGAGAAAACUAUUGAAACAAUGGAUAAUGUUACAGACUUAAAGGAUUGAUUUAUUAUUUUGUUGAAGAAAUGGAAAAAGAGACUGAAAAAUCCCCAUACCAUUGUGGUAUUUGUCAAAAAUCAUUUUCUCUGGAAAGUAGGCUCAUUAAACACAAAUGUAUUAAUAGAGGUGAGAAACCAUAUCCCUGUGAUGUUUGUGGUAAAUCAUUCUCUAGAAAGAAUUGCUUAGCUAAACAUAGACGCAUUCAUAUGGACAAGGAGCCAUAUCAUUGUGAUAUCUGUGGUAAAUCAUUCUCUCAAAGAAUUGAAUUAUAUUCUCACAAACGUGUUCAUACAGAAGCAAAACCUUACCGCUGCGAUAUCUGUGGUAGAUCAUUUUCUCUGAAGCAUCAUCUAACUGGUCACAUACGCACUCACACAGGAGAAAAACCACAUCAUUGUGAUGUCUGUAGUAAAUCAUUCACUCGUUUAACUCAUUUACGUACUCACAAACGCAUUCAUACAGGAGAAAAGACACAUCAUUGUGAUAUCUGUGGUAAAUCAUUCUCACAAAAGAGUGGUUUAACUGUUCACAUACGCAUUCACACAGGAGAAAAACCACAUCAAUGUGAUGUCUGUAGUAAAUCAUUUUCUCACGUAGCUUCUUUACGUGCUCACAAACACAUUCAUACAGGAGAAAUGAUGCAUUGUGAUAUCUGUGGUAAAUCAUUCAUUCACAAGAGUGAUUUAACUUUUCACAUACGCGUGCACACAGGAGAAAAACCAUAUCAUUGUGAUGUCUGUAGUAAAUCAUUCCCUCGCUUAGCUUCUUUACGUAUUCACAAACGCAUUCAUACAGGGGAAAUGACACAUCAUUGUGAUAUCUGUGGUAAAUCAUUCAUUCGAUCAAGUAACUUAGCUUCACACAAAUACAUUCAUACGAAAGAGAAACCAUAUCAGUGUGACAUCUGUGGUAAAUCAUUCCCUAUUACUUCGCACUUAAUUGUCCACGUACGUAGUCAUACAGGAGAGAAGCCCUAUCCUUGUAAUAUCUGUGGUAAAUCAUUCUCCACAAGUAGUGUGUUGACUGCACACAAAUAUGUUCAUACAGGUGGGAAGCCCUAUUCUUGUGACGUCUGUGGUAAGUCAUUCAGUCAAUUAAAUAGAUUAACUUCACACAAGUAUGUUCAUAUGCAACAGAAACCAUAUCAUUGUGACGUCUGUGGUAAAUCAUUCUCUUAUAAUGAAAGCUUAAGCAUCCAUAUACGUAGUCAUACAGGAGAGAGGCCCUUUUCUUGUGAUAUCUGUGGUAAAUCAUUCUCUAGAAGUAAUGACUUGACUAGACACAAAUAUAUUCAUACAGGUGAGAGGCCCCAUACUUGUGAUAUCUGUGGUAAAUCAUUCAAAGCUACCGGUGUCUUAACCAGACACAAACGUAUUCAUACAGGAGAAAAACCAUAUAAGUGUGAUAUCUGUGGUGAAUCAUUCUCUAGAAGUAAUGGCUUGACUAAACACAAAUAUAUUCAUACAGGUGAGUGGCCCUGUUCUUGUGAUACCUGUGGUAAAUCAUUCAAAGCUACUGAUGACUUAACCAGACACAUCCGUAUUCAUACAGGAGAAAAACCAUAUCAGUGUGAUAUCUGUGGUAAAUCAUUCUCUGAAUCUGGUUCCUUGACUAAGCACAGACGUAUUCAUACAGGAGAAAAACCAUAUCACUGUGAUAUCUGUGGUAAAUCAUUCUCUAGAAAUGAUGGUCUCGUUAAACACAAACCUAUUCAUACAGGAGAGAAGCUAUAGUGUGAUAUCUAUGGUAAAUCAUUCUCCCAAAGGAGUAACUUAAUUGUUCACAUAGGUAUUCAUACAGGAGAGAAGUGAUAUCUGUGGUAAAUCAUUCCCUGGAAAUGAUGGUCUCAUUAAUCGUAAAUGUAUUCAUACAGGAGAGAAGCCAUAUGACUGUCGUAUCUGUGGUAAAUCGUUCUAUACUAGCAAGUUGACUACACACAAAUAUAUUCAUACAGGUGAGAAUCCUUAUGACAUAUCUGUGGUAAAUCAUUCUCUAGAAAUGAGGGUCUCACUAAUCAUAAACGUACUCAUACAGGAGAAAAACCAUAUCACUGUGAUAUCUGUGAUAAAUCAUUCUCUCAGAGGUAACUUAACUACGCACAAGUAUAUUCAUACAGGUGAAAAACCAUAUCAGUGUGAUAUCUGUGGUAAAUCAUUCUCGCAAAAGAUUGGUUUAACUUUUCGCAUUCGCAUGCACACAUGUUCUUUUACGACAUCAUUCUAUCUCUCUCUCUGUAAUUACUACUAAACAAUGAAGAGGACACAAACGUUACUUCGCAUGCUUUUGAAUCUAUCAUAACCUGCCCGUUGAGGCAAGGUAUUGUAACGUAACGGUAAAUAAAUAUUUCCUGAAAACUUCA